UCCUCAAAAUAUCCUCACAUGCUAAUGCGAAGGUUGUGGAGAAAAAUGAAUGCUAUCCAGGUGAUUUCCCUCACUCUGCUGUCUGUUCUGUCAGCCAGCGCUCAGGUUUUCAAACCAGGAAGAUGCCCUACACCUGCUGUUCAGGAGAAAUUUGAUGCUGCAAGGUAUCUUGGUAAAUGGUAUGAAAUCCAGAGACUGCCACACAUCUACCAGAAGGGCCAGUGCUGCACUGCCACCUACAGCCUGGACAGCCCAGGAGUUGUUGGUGUCCUCAACAGGGAGCUGCUUCCUGAUGGCAACAUUGACAGCAUUAGUGGCACCGCCAAGGCCGCGGACCCGUCUGAGCCUGCCAAGCUGCUGGUCUCCUUCUUUGAAAACUCUCCCCCUGCUCCGUACUGGGUUCUCUCCACUGACUACGACAACUAUGCCCUGGUGUACAGCUGCACUGACUUUGGUGAGGUCCAUGGGGAAUUCAUCUGGAUCCUGAGUAGGCAGCCCACUCUUCCUCAGGAGACCCUGGAGGAGCUGCAGAACACUCUGUCCUCUUUUGGAGCCAGUGUGGAUGAGCUGCUUGACACCAACCAGGAUGUAGAUUACUGCAGAGCCAUGUACGAGUAAACAUGUUCUGUGGUUCAUCACUGCAAGGUCAAUGUAAAAAAAUUGUGCCUAACUGUUGAUUAAAAUGCUGCUUUAAUACAAUUUCUAUUGCUGC